AGUAGUUACCAAUGUGGCGUUAACUCUCUCUCUCUCUCUCUCUCUCUCUCUCCAACUUCGCCAUUGUUUAUUGCUUGAGCUAUCACCGAUGGUUCUACGGAAUGUGUUAGCGGCAAUGUUUCUCACGGCAGUCAUUACAUUCCCUUCCUCCGAAUCCUCUUCUGUCGCCGAAGAUGCAUACCCAUCUUCAUUUACCGCUUCCAUGACAUCCUGCGACCUCGACGAGGGCGGCAGACUCUCCCCUAUCCGCAGAGAAGUCUACGAUGAGGGUCGUAUCAUUGACAUAAGUCACCGAUACCACCCUGACAUGCCUUCAUGGGGAUCGGACGACGGCCUUGGAGAGUUCCUCCGGCUUCCGGCGAGUAUCGAAGAACGGCUCACUCGUCAACAAUUCCGAGAUGAAAAUCCCCGACUCACACAGGGACACACGUGGAUGCUCCAGGGCACGUGUACGAUCACUAUUUUGAUGCGGGUUUCGAUGUUGACACGCUCGACCUUCAUGUUCUUAAUGUGGGGACAAAUUUGA